AUGCCUUCUUGGAUCGGGGCUGUGAUUCUUUCCCUCUCCGGGCUGCUGCUGUCCCUCCCGGCCGGGGCGGAGGUGAAGGCUCGGAGCUGCGGUGAGGUCCGCCAGGCGUACGGUGCCAAGGGAUUCAGCCUGGCGGACAUUCCCUACCAGGAGAUCGCAGGGGAACACUUAAGAAUCUGCCCUCAAGAGUAUACAUGCUGCACCACAGAAAUGGAAGACAAGUUAAGCCAGCAAAGCAAACUUGAGUUUGAAAACCUCGUGGAGGAGACGAGCCAUUUUGUACGCACCACGUUCGUGUCCAGGCACAAGAAGUUCGACGAAUUUUUCCGAGAGCUCCUGGAGAAUGCAGAAAAGUCACUGAACGAUAUGUUUGUACGGACCUACGGAAUGCUGUACAUGCAGAAUUCAGAAGUGUUCCAGGAUCUUUUCACAGAGCUGAAAAGAUACUAUACUGGGGGCAACGUAAAUCUGGAGGAGAUGCUCAAUGACUUCUGGGCUCGGCUCCUGGAACGGAUGUUCCAGCUCAUCAACCCACAGUAUCACUUUAGCGAGGACUACUUGGAAUGUGUGAGCAAGUACACAGACCAGCUGAAGCCGUUUGGAGAUGUACCCCGGAAACUGAAAAUUCAGGUCACCCGCGCCUUCAUUGCUGCCCGGACUUUUGUUCAGGGGCUCACUGUGGGCAGAGAAGUUGCAAACCGAGUUUCCAAGGUCAGCCCGACCCCGGGGUGCAUCCGAGCCCUCAUGAAGAUGCUCUACUGCCCGUACUGCCGAGGUCUUCCCACCGUGAGACCUUGCAAGAACUACUGCCUCAACGUCAUGAAGGGCUGCCUGGCCAAUCAGGCUGAUCUGGACACCGAAUGGAAUCUGUUCAUAGAUGCGAUGCUCUUGGUGGCAGAGCGACUGGAAGGACCAUUCAACAUUGAGUCUGUCAUGGACCCAAUAGAUGUCAAGAUCUCCGAAGCCAUUAUGAACAUGCAGGAAAACAGCAUGCAGGUGUCUGCAAAGGUCUUUCAGGGGUGUGGCCAACCCAAACCUGCUCCAGCCCUCCGAUCUGCUCGCUCAGCUCCUGAAAAUUUUAAUACGCGGUUCAGGCCUUACAAUCCUGAGGAGAGACCCACGACUGCUGCAGGCACAAGCUUGGACCGGCUGGUCACAGACAUAAAAGAGAAACUGAAGCUCUCUAAAAAGGUCUGGUCGGCACUACCCUACACCAUCUGCAAGGAUGAGAGCAUGACAGCAGGCGCGGCCAACGAAGAGGAGUGUUGGAAUGGGCACAGCAAAGCCAGAUACUUGCCUGAGAUCAUGAACGAUGGGUUGACCAACCAGAUUAACAACCCUGAGGUUGACGUGGACAUCACACGGCCCGACACGUUCAUCAGGCAGCAGAUCAUGGCUCUACGUGUGAUGACCAACAAACUAAAGAACGCGUACAAUGGCAAUGAUGUCAACUUCCAGGACACGAGCGAUGAAUCCAGCGGCUCGGGCAGUGGCAGUGGGUGCAUGGAUGACGUAUGUCCCACGGAGUUUGAGUUCGUCACGACAGAGGCCCCUGCGGUGGACCCCGACCGGAGAGAGGUGGACUCUUCGGCAGCCCAGCUCGGCCCUUCCCUGCUCUCAGGAUCUCUGGUCUGCGUCGUCCUGGCACUGCAGAGACUGUGCAGAUAAUCCUGGGUUUUUGGUCAGAAGAAACUGCAUUUUAGCUAUCCGAAUGGCCAACUCACUUCUUUUCUUACACUCUCGGACAAUGGACCAUGCCACAAAAACUUAAUGUUUUCUAUGAGAAGAGACAGGACUGCACUCUGCCUCCCUUUCUGUUUGCCCAAAGAGUACUGGGUGCCAGACUGAACUGCUUCCUCUUUCCUUCCGCUCUCUGUGGGGACCUUGUUUAUUCUAGAGAAUUCAUACUCAAAUCUUUCGUACCAGGAGAUUUUCUUACCUUCAUUUGCUUUUAUGCUGCAGAAGUAAGUAAAGGAAUCUCACAUUGUGAGUUUUUUUUUUUUCUUUUUCCCAUUUAAAAGAAAAGAAAAAGGCAGGAAGAAA